CUUAUGAGUAUUGAGCAACAUACCAACGUCGCUGAAGCUGGUGCGACUACUAUGAAUACCCCCGUUAAUAGCACUCCUUCAAGUCAAAAAACUCAUAAAAAGAAGAAGCAACAGCAAGAAAAAGGUACCACAGAACCAACCUUAGAGGAAAAGAAGAAGAAGAGGAAUAACAAUAGACGUUGGAACAACAAGAAGAAGCCACAAGCAGAGACACCAGUUACGGACGGUAAUGAAAGCCGUGCACAAAAUAAUGAAGAAAACAAAAAGCCCAAUAAUCCUUCAAACAAAGGCAGACGUGACAACCGCAGCAAGAACGGUGAAUUGAAGCCUGCUUUGUUCAAGAACAGAGCACAGUCUAAGCUGACGAUAGAUGACGAAAGUACAGAUAAAAACAGCAGCAGUAGCCAGCCAAAUCGAAGAAAGAACAAGCAAAGGCAAAGAACAGUGGCAGAACCAUUGCCUACGGGUGAUCAUGAUAUUGCUACAAAACUGAUUUACGAAUUGAAAAACUCGACUUAUGAAUGCAUGAUUUGCAUGGAUACAGUUAGACCUGCUAAUCAGAUUUGGAGCUGUGAUUGCUGCUGGGCAGUAUUUCACUUGGGUUGCAUAAAGAUGUGGGCAAAUAAAUCAUUGCAAGAUACCUCAUCUAAUAAGAUGAUCACACAAUGGAGAUGCCCUGGCUGUCAGAACAGUCGAACAGCUAUUCCCAAAGAUUAUCUUUGCUUCUGUGGUAAGCAACGCAAUCCUGAACCAUCAAAGUAUUAUACCCCGCAUAGUUGUAAUCAACUGUGUAAAAAGCAUAAAUCAUGUCCUCAUGAAUGUGUCUUAUCCUGUCAUCCUGGCCCUUGUCCACCUUGUAACUCGCUAGGCCCAGUCAAGACGUGUUAUUGUGGAAAGACGACACAGCAGAAAAGAUGUGUGAAUACAGACUACUCAACACAAGGAUUCUCAUGCGACAUUAUUUGUGAUGAAUUGCUGGGCUGUGGAAAGCAUCGAUGUGAAGAGAAAUGCCACAAGGGCAUUUGCCCUCCUUGCACAGUGGAAGAAACUCAAUCUUGCUAUUGUGGAAAGAGUCAAAGAGAUACUCGAUGCGGAUCAGGAAAGCAAGUACAGCUGGGAGAGCAUGUUGGACAUUAUAAUUGUGAGCACAAAUGUGAAAAAAUGUACAAGUGUCAGCAACAUAGCUGCCAAAAGGGAUGUCAUCCAUGUUUGGCAGACGCUCAGUCCUGUCCAUUUGAUCCUGAUACAGUAACAACAUGUCCAUGUGGUUCAAACCCAAUUUCUGAACUUACAAGCAAGAAGCGCACAGCUUGUACGGACCCAAUUCCAACCUGUGAGUCUACUUGUAACAAGAAACUUGCUUGUGGUCACGCUUGUCAAAUGAAAUGCCAUGUGGGUGAAUGUCCUCCCUGUAAGAUCCUUGUUCAAGUAUCUUGCCGAUGCCAAGCAACUACCUUUGAAAGAACUUGCUCUGCUGUUUGUGAAGCAGCUGGAGGCAGUCCACCUUUGUGUGAUAAAGUAUGCAAAACCAACAGAAACUGUGGCCGACAUCAAUGCGGUGUUGUAUGCUGUCCUGCAGCUAAAGUGAAUGGAAAAAACAAAAAGGGCACAGAUGCUGUUCACGACUGCUCUUUUACCUGUGGAAAGCUACUCUCAUGUGGCACGCAUACCUGUCAAGCAAAAUGUCAUAAAGGAAAUUGUCUUCCCUGUCUAGAAGCUACCUUUGAUGAAGUUUCAUGUCACUGUGGACGUACUGUCCUUGAGCCUCCUGUUCGCUGUGGAACAACACUUCCUGUCUGUCCUCACCCUUGUAUACGCCCAAACCCUUGCGGUCAUAUUCGAUUCCUCAACCACAACUGUCAUCCUGAUAACGAGCCUUGUCCUCCAUGUCCUGCGUUAGUGACUCGACACUGUUUAUGUGGCAAGACUGAACUCAAAAACGUUCCUUGCUAUCGUGAGUCGCCUCGCUGUGGUCGCCCUUGUGAGAAACUUCUUCCUUGUGGUAAACAUCAUUGUUUGAAGACAUGUCAUAAUGGGCCUUGCUUAAUGGGUAAUGAGUCAUGUAAUCAAACAUGUGGCAAUGAACGAUCCUGUAAGCACCCUUGCAAAGAAAAGUGUCAUCACGGUACGCCUUGCCCCGAAGUCACACCAUGUACGUUUAGAGUAAAGGCAAGUUGUAAAUGUGGACAAAACACAAUGGAAAUCCCUUGUAAUGCAAGCUCUAAAUCAAGCGGGUCCAAGACGUUGUUGGAGUGUAACGAUUUCUGCGCCAAGGUACACCGUAACCGUCGUUUGGCGCUUGCUCUGGAUAUCAAACGUGAUGAUUUUGGCACACCAAGCCUUUCAUUAGACGACCUUGGUUAUUAUGAUGAUAGUCUCCGAGAAUUCUUCAACGAAAAUGCCUCAUGGUGUAGACAUAUGGAAACAACGUUGAUAGAAUUUGUAAAAGAUCCAUUCAAGAAGGCAUCUCAUCUUAGACCUAUGAAGAGUGAAUACCGUCGAUUUAUUCAUCGAUAUGCAGUCCACUUCAAUAUUGCUACAGAAGCUAUUGAUGCUGAACCUAAGCGUAGUGUCAUCUUGCGCAAGACUCUGGGUGCAUGCAGAAUUCCAGCUGUGCUUUUGUCCAAGGCAGCACGUAAUCCUAACCUGAACCGCCCACCACCUGUACUGGAAGCUGCUAUCAAUGGUGAAAUUAGAGCACCCAAGAACCCGGUGAAUGCACUCUAUCUUUCUGAUAUGGCCUUUGGUUUAACCAAGCUAGAACUGGAUGCUGAGUUGGUACCGCUCAUGAAGUUGGGUGAUGACACCAUUCCCUUCAAUUCCACAUGGGUCAAUGAAAACGAUGCGGUAGUUGUACCUAUUAUAAAUGAUGCUGUAUCUAUGGAUGAGAAAGAGCUUAUCGUUUGGCAAUUAAAAAAGACGUUGAAGGCUGCAUUUGCUAGUGAAGAUGUAACCAAACAAAAGGCAAGUCGUGUAGAUUGCUGCUGGGUAAAUCAAAAAGGAGAGAUUACUUGGAGUGAAAAGCAGCUGUUGAAGAGUAACAGUACAAAUAUAACAUCCCUUGAAAGUGGCAAGAGUUCCAGCCUCAAAAACUCCAAUUCAUUUGCUGCUCUCAGUAACAUGGACGAUGAUGGCUGGAUGCGUGUGGGUGACGAUAACCCAUAUAGAGCAGUGAAAGAUGCCUGGAAAGAAGAGAUUCAAAAAUCAACUACGCCUAGAAUAGCUGAUAGUGAUGCUUCUAUUAACAGUGUUUUAGAGGAAAUCAGUGAUAUCAGUUCAACUGAAAAGCCUGAAAUGGUGAAUGUGAAUGAAUCUAAAAGCUCUGAAUCUGAUGAUUGGGAGCUUUUAACAGAAGAAAACAACUUGUAAAAAAACCCGCCAUUCCUAUUAUUUUCCAUCCUUCAUAUGUUAAUAAAACAAGCAAGCACACUAGCUUUUUCUUUACCGAAAUAUUUUCCUUGAAGUAUCAUAAAGACAGCAACUGAAGGAUCUAUACAUAUAGAAUAAUGUAUCAUAAAUAAAAAGAUUACAAAAUAACAAUUUAUAAG